UAGAUUCCUUCCAGACAGAUAGGGAGAUAAUCCUGACAACGCCAUACUUCGCAAACGGCGACCUAGAAGCCCUCAUCUCAAGCACCGGGAAACUAACCAUCCAUAGCACCCGCUUCCUCGCCGCCGAACUCUGCCAUGCCAUCUCCUUCCUCCACUCCAACGGGAUAAUCCACAGAGCUAUAAAACUGGACCAUUGCCUCCUUUACCCUUCUGCACAUAUCCGUCUCACAGGUUUUGGGAUCUGCAAAGGCAACAUGACAAGCAGCUCUCGAACAUCCACAUUUUGUGGCAAUUCAUCUUUCAUGGCGCCAGAAGUGCUGCUAGGGAAACGUUAUGGUUAUGGAGCUGAUUGGUGGGGAUUCGGGGUUGUGAUUUUCCAGAUGCUUACAGCUGAAGAACCUGCUAGGGGGGAGGAUCAAGAUGCAGUGUUUGAGGAGAUUUUGGAUGAAGGGAAACCCGUUUUCCCAUUGGAUAUGGAGGAAAGCGGUAAAGGUAUUUGCAAGCAGUUGUUGAAGAGAGAUUCGGAUCAGAGACUUGGAGCAGGGGAAAGUGGUGCUAAAGAUGUCAUGGGACAUACUUUCUUUGAUGAGAUUGAUUGGAAGGAUGUAGCUGGUGAGAAGUUGAAGGCACCUUCUUGUUUGGUGCACAGCUUGGAACUUCAGAAGUCCAUUGGAGAGCCCCCUGCCUCGUCAGAUGCGCUUUCACUUGAUGGAUGGUCUCAUCUUGACGUAUUUGGAGACUUUUGAGUCAGGCAUAACUCACGCCAGCAGGUCGAGCCUUCCAUCCUGGCACUCUGUAAUCAGGAGAUCUCUAUCAGAACUGGGGAUAUCGUUGCAGCAAGAAGCAUCCG